UUGACACCUCUCCAAUACAUAGAAAACACGUCUUUUAUUUCGUCGUCUAAAUCUGUGCUGGCUUUUUUUUUUUUUGGUUUAAUAUUCAGCUCUUAGUCUUCAACACUAGCCGUAUAACAUAAUGUCAGGAGUUAGAUAUUUCUUGUACUUCGCAUUUGGGAGUAAUUUAUUAAAAGAGAGAUUACAGCUACAAAAUCCGUCAGCAGUUUUUCACCGCGUCGCUCGACUCCAGGGAUAUGGGCUAAAGUUUGGCCUGUGGGCAGAAAACGUGGUCAGCAGGUGGAACGGUGGAGUGGCUACGAUUGAAGAAUGUCCGGAUGAGGAGGUCUGGGGUGUAGUGUGGAAAAUGGCGAUUGAGGACAUCACGUCUUUAGAUAAACAGGAGAGCGUAGACAAGGGUGUCUACAGCCCCAUGGAGGUGAUGGUGGAGACAGAAACUGGGCCGCUUCUCUGUAGAACGUAUAAGAUGAACAACUUCAGACCUUGUGCUCCCUCACCACAAUACAAAGAGGUCAUAUGUUUAGGAGCCCAACAGAACGGAUUACCGGAACACUACAUAAAGAAGCUGCAGGCUGUGGAGGCCAAUAACUACACGGGACCUUCAAUAUUAGAUAAUAUUAAAAAGCUUAAGAACUGAAUGUUGGGAGAGAAAAAAAAGUCCAGCAAAGGCACAAUUUUACUCAAUGAAAAUUUUCCAAAUGGUGAUUAAUUGAUUAUAAGCUUUACAUUAAGGUUCUCUUAACACUAAUUCCUUCAACAAAACAUGUACUUCAAAAAAAAAAAAAGAAUAG